AAACAAUAUAAUGUGGUAGAUUAUUAUUAACAAACAUUAAUAAACCAUGAUUUAAAAAAAACUAUAAUAAAACAACUACUUACUACCCUUCUACGAGUCCUCCACACCUUCCUAUCUAGGAUCAUGUCCUCAAUAACCUGAAGUUUUCCUUAUAUGUCCAAAUCAUCUCUUUCCUCAUGUUUUCAACCACGAAGGCCACCCACACCUUACAAAAGAGAGAGAAGGAAAGAAAAAAAGAAAGAGAAGAGGAAGAGUGGAGAGAGGAGUGAAGAUAACUAUUUUACUCUUUUUUUUUUCGAUAUAUUAAUCAGCAAUGAUUAUGCUUUAGGGUUUAGAAUAAAAACGAUUACAUUUUGCAUAUCAAGGACCAUUACCGUACAAACCUCAUUGACUUAAAAGAAUUGAGCUUGGUCCAUUUAAAAUAAGUAACAUUUAAACUCCUAACUAAUUACCCACUAACUACUUAUGUAUUAAGUUAACAACCCACUUCCAUAAUAAUAAUAGUCAGUUGUAGUAAAGAAAAGGAAAGCAGCUUUGGAAAAAAGAGGAGGAGGCAGUCAGUAGAGUAUAAAAACAACGCUGCUGGCUCCAAAGUCCAAACCAAACAAAAGAGUGGAGGGCAGAACCGUUGGAAGCAAAUUAGAGUUAUUUAGCAAAGAUUUAUUUUUUCUUGAUCAGGUUUUUGAGUUUUUGAGAUUGUUACUCUUCUCAGACAAAGAGACAAAAGGUUUUGUAGAUUGUUACUAUUUGAACCUCUGUGUUUGUGUACACUACUUCAUGAUGGGAACUGAAGAUAAAAUGCUGCUUUGUUUCUGUCACUGGGGCAGAAGGACAAAGAUGCUUCCAGAUGGAUCCAUUUCGUAUGGGGGAGGUAUUACUGAUCAGUUUAUUGUGAAAAGAAGCAUAAACUACAAUGAUUUUGUGAAGACAGUUUUUGAUCGAUUAGGCAUUGAUCCUUCCGAUAAGAUGUUGCAUUUUACAGUGAAUCUUGAUAGGUCUGAACUGAUACGGCUGAGGGAUCAAGAAGGUGUCGAUACCCUGUUACAAUGUAAUGAUGGUUUUGCUCAUGUUUAUGUGUCAAGUUUGCAGGAGGAGCCUUAUUCUAUACUGCCAUCAGGUGGUGCGAAAAAAGUAGAACUUGAUGUUGUAUCUGAUUCUGGACGAGAUACAACUCCUGCAGGUGAUGAUUUGGAAAGCUCGCUGGAGAAGGCACGGUUCCAGUCAGCUGGAGAUAGUAGUAAACCUCUGAAGAAAGCAAUGGCAAACCAGUUAGCUGGAGGCAGUGAACCUCAGCAGAAAGAAGCUGUUGGUGCUGGUGAUCAAAAGCUUGCUGGUGUAACUAGGUCGCGCAGUACUUCAAAAUCAAAUAUAAUUUCUGAUAAAGACAAUUCAGAUUUCCUUCAGUGUCGUCAUCCUGAAUUCAGUGACUUUUUCAAGCAUAAAGCUGAAAAUUGCUUUGCAGCUGACCAGAUAUGGGCUGUCUAUGAUGAUGUGCACGAUGCUAUGCCAAGAAAAUAUGUCCGCAUCAGGAAGGUAUUUGGUACUGAAUUUAAGAUCAGGUUCAGAUGGCUCGAGCCUCGUCCAGAAGAAGACCAAAGGGAGUGUGCUUGGGUCAAGUCAGGCUGUGGGAAGUUCAUUAGUGGGGAUAGUCAUUUUACUUUUGAUCGAUUUUUUUUUUCUCAUCAAAUGCAUUGUGAAAAGGGGACGAGUGAUAUGUACAUUUUAUAUCCUAGGAAAGGGGAAACAUGGGCGCUCUUCAAAGCUCGGGAUAUUCUUUGGAGUCCACAGAGUCAUAGUGAACAUAAGUAUGAAGUUGUGGAGAUCCUUUCUGAUUAUGUUAAGAAUGCUGGUGUCAAAGUUGGUUACUUAGAUAAAGUUACUGGAUUUGCUGGUGUUUUCCAGAGAACAAAGCUGUCUGUAGCUGGUUCGUUCUUUAUAAAGCCAAAUGAACUUUACAAGUUCUCUCAUCGAAUUCUUUCUUUCAAGAUGAUCGGAACUGAAGGAACGGGUGUACCUGCGGGGUCGUUUGAACUUGAUACUGCUUCUUUACCCCUUGAUCCAAAUGAUAUUUGGUAUCCUGAAAAAGUCAAGGAAAGAUCAGGACUUGCAAAAUCUGAACCUGUAGAAAAUGUUUUGUCAGCAGUUACCCCUGUAACUAGAGGUAAAUCCAGGACAUCCAAGCAUGCAACAACGCCUCCCAAGUCUGAGACUGGGAGCUCGAAACGCGUCCUUUGAGUCCACUCUGCACAUUGACAUGGAUGGAACUGAAAUUUUCUGUCAUUAGUUGCUCGAUUAAUGGACUUCGUGACUUGGGUGAUGAUGAUUGCAGUAGCUGCAAUAACGGUUAUUAUGUUUCAUUUGAUUUCAGUAGCUCGAAUUAUGAUUUCCGAAUUAAAGUGUCUCUUGUGUUUUAUAACUUAAAAAGAAAAAGGAAAAAAGAAGCUGAAAGACACCAGUAAUGCUUUUUAUCUUUUCUAAAACUCUUCUGUAAAAUUGACGUAAUGGC